AUCUCUACACCUUCCAUGGUUGCCUUUGCUGGCAAUUUCUACCAAGAUGCUGAUAUCACUUGGGGAGAUGGCAGAGGUAAGAUUCUGAACAAUGGUCAGAUUCUUACUCUGUCCCUUGACAGUACCUCUGGCUCUGGCUUUCAGUCCAAGAAUCAAUAUCUCUUCGGCAAGAUUGACAUGCAAAUCAAACUUGUCCCUGGAAAUUCCGCUGGCACCGUCACUGCUUAUUACUUACGUUCAGAAGGGUCGUCAUGGGAUGAGAUAGACUUUGAGUUCCUGGGUAAUCUGAGUGGUGAUCCUUACAUAGUUCAUACUAAUGUGUACACCCAAGGCAAGGGUGACAGAGAGCAACAAUUUUACCUCUGGUUCGACCCAACUGCAGAUUUUCACACCUAUUCCUUUCUCUGGAAUCCUGCCCAUGUUGUGUUCUAUGUUGAUGGCAGACCAAUUAGGGAGUUCAAGAACUUGGAGAGUGUGGGUAUUCCCUAUCCAAAGAACCAGCCUAUGAGAUUAUAUUCGAGUCUAUGGAACGGUGAUGAUUGGGCAACAAGAGGAGGACUUGUGAAGACAGAUUGGACUCAAGCUCCAUUUACUGCUUCUUUCAGAAACUUCGGAGCCAAUGGUUGUGUUUGGACCAAUGGGGUUUCUUCAUGCACGUCCAACUCUUCUGCUAAUGCUUGGCUAUCUGAACAGCUUGAUUCUACAAACCAGAAGAGGCUUAAAAGGGUGCAGAAAAAUUUCAUGAUUUACAAUUACUGCACAGACAUUAAACGAUUCCCUCAGGGUCUCCCUCUGGAAUGCACAGUCCGCGCCAAGUCAUAAGAGGAAUACAAACCAUACUCUUACAUGUGUGUGCAUUCUUUUUUCCCCAUUAUAUCGUUUGCCAUUCUUUCUGUAAUUUUAUUUGAAUUAUGUUCA